AUCCCAACAACCGCAACAGACAAUUAUGACUUGGUGGCCGCACUACUAUCUCAUAUGUCUGAACUUGAUGAAAAACAAAGUGUACUCUAUGCUCAAAUGUCUAAUCUUGUGAAGUUGGUCCUACCUUCAGUGGAGGUUGAUCUCAGAGAGAUAACACACAACUUCUCAAAGCUUUCAUGUAAUGCUCAUACUAUCUGUGACGAGGAGCUCAGACCACUGGGAACUGGAUUAUAUCCUGUAGUUUCCAUUAUCAAUCACAGUUGUAUACCAAAUGCAGUUUUGGUAUUUGGGGGUCGGAUAGCUGUAGUUCGGGCUGUGAAACCGAUUAGCAAGGGUGCUGAAAUUGUGAUUAGUUACAUUGAUACUGCUGCAAUCACUAUGACUAGACAAAACGCCUUAAAACAGUAUUUCUUCAAAUGCAAUUGUCUUCGUUGCACCAAGGAUCCACUUGAAGAGCUCAAGGAAGAGGCUAUUCUGGAGGGUUAUAGAUGUAAGGAUCAGAAAUGCUUUGGCUUCUUGUUUUACGAAGUUGAAAAUAAAGCUUUUGCGUGUCAGGUAUGUGGUCUCAGAAGGGAUGAGUACCACAUAAAUAGGAUUGUUAAUGAAGUAGAAGAAUUAUCAGCAAAGGCUGCUUCUUUUGUUUCCACUGGAAAUCCUUCUGAAGCUAGUUUGCUGUACAAAAAAGUUGAGCAGCUCGAGAGUAAGCUGUUCCAUCCUUAUUCAAUCAAGUUGUUGGGAACUCGUGAAACUCUUCUGAAGAUACUUUUGGAGUUAAACGAUUGGAGAGAGGCCUUGACAUAUUGCCAGCUGACAAUUCCAGUCUAUCAAAGAUUAUAUCAAUCUCCUCAUCCGUUGCUAGGUCUACAAUAUUACACUUGCGGAAAGCUUGAAUGGCUACUUGAACAAACAGAGGAUGCUCUGAAAUCAUUCACUAAGGCUGUGGAGAUCCUUCGUAUCACUCAUGGCACAUCAACACCAUUCAUGAAGGAAUUGUUCAGCAAACUGGAAGAAUCGCGUGCUGAGGAUUAUUACUGUUUAUCCGCCCACGAUGGCCGAAUGAUUGAAACCUGAUUCAAUUUUUUUUAUCAUUUUGAGGUCACUGUUUCGUUUGAAGGAAUUAAAUGAGAAAAUGAAGGGGUAUGUAGUAUUUUAUAGUUUUGAGGUCAAAAGCCAUGUAUCAUAUUUUUAUUGCUAUCAUUAUUGAUGUCGUGUAUUUCAUUGUAGGAAUGCAGCUAUUUUUUUUUCUU